UUACGCACACUAUACAAUAACGCCAAUAGCGUCCACAAAAAGGGUAUUUAGUUAUUUACAUAUAGGCGUUUCGUUUUCAUUUUUUAACGAUCCUUUAACCCUCGUGACAGUCCCUAUUAUAUCUCACGUUUGUAAAGAUUGUGCAUUUUUGUUUCGCAGUUUUCUGUGAAGUCGACAGUUUCGUUCCGGAAGAAAUGGCGGAGAAUUCAAGAAAACGCCGCCGGCUCGACCCUAUCGAAAUUUGCCAGCAAGCUUACGACGUGAUUCGAAACUUCAAAAAAGAAGACGGAGCUCUGUUAUGUGAUGCUUUGAUUAGAGCCCCAAAGAGAAGACAAGAGCCUGCCUAUUACGAUGUUGUGUCAAACCCAAUUGAUUUGUUAAGAAUUCAGCAAAAGAUCAGGACAGAUGAGUAUGAAGAUCUGGACCAAAUGACUGUGGAUAUUGAGCGGUUGGUUAAGAAUGCCAAGAAGUUUUAUCCAGAACAUUCAACGGAAUACCAAGAUGCUUGCACUUUAUGGGAUUUGUAUAAAAAAACAGCUGAUAAAAUCAAUGAAAGUGAAAGAGUUGAUGAAGUACCUGAGGUAAAGCCAGUAAAAGAAAGAAUCGUUGUCAAGUUGGGACGACCCCCCAAGAAGCCUGUCAAUGUCUCUCCUAUUGAAUCAGAAGAUGCAGAGUCUGAAGAAUCGAGGGAUAAUUUUUCUUCGUCUUCUUCCCAGCAUUUAAUUGAUGAAGAUAACAUGUACGAAGAACUUUUUGCAGCGGUUAUGAAUGCCACUUCAUCAGAUGGAAGAUUACUUCACUCAGUCUUUCAGCUACUGCCAUCAAGAAGACUUUAUCCUGACUACUACCAAGUUAUAGAAAAUCCUAUUGACUUAAAACAGAUAGCCACAAAAAUUCAAGCCAAUGAAUAUUCUAAUCUCAAUGAAAUGGAAAAAGAUUUGAAUCUUCUAACAAAAAAUGCAUGCAGUUAUAACGAACCUGGUUCCCAAAUUUAUAAAGAUGCCAAAUUACUGAGAAAAACGGUAUCUUCUCGAAAAGCCGAAAUUGAACAUUCUCGUCACACUGGAGGCAAAAUUAGCGAAAGAAUUAGUAAGCGUGCCAGAGCAACUCAGUCAUUAUCAGCAAUUACUGCUGCCCUUCAAUAUGACGACUCUAACGACGAAAUGGGUGAAGCAUCUAAAUCAUCCGACUUAUCUUUUAAAGAUGAAAUCGACGAAGAUAGUGAAUUGGGUGGUUCACAUAUUCGUCCAGAUGACGCUGAUUCAAGCCCAUUCUGGCAGUUGUACGACGCUGUCCAUAAUUACGUCGAUAACCAAGGAAAUGUAUUAUGCGAGCCAUUUUUAAAGUUACCCUCCCGCCGUCGUUACGCGGACUACUAUCACGAAAUUAAAAACCCCAUUUCUCUGAGUCGCAUCCGUUCGAAAUUGGCUCGGGAAGACUAUGGCAAUCUCAGUGAUCUUUCUAGUGACCUAAGUCUGAUGUUCGAAAACGCUAAACGGUACAACCGACCUGACUCGAAACUGUUCAAAGAUGCUGUGAAGCUUCAACGGGUGAUGCAAUCAAAAGUCCAGGAACUUUUAGCCGAUGACGAGAGUUCUGAUGGAGAAAUUGAAUUCACGCCUAAACGUCCUAAAGGUCGCCCCCGUCUUAACGCAACACUACCAAAAGCCACACCUAAAGUUCGCAGCGAUGUGGAUAACGUGCUACGUAAACGACUACGGAUUCUUUACCGUUGUUUGAUGGACUACAAUCCUACGGUGGAUGAUGGGCGUCAACCAAUCUUAGUUUUUAUGGAGAAACCCUCUAAAAAAUUGUACCCCGACUACUAUCGUGUGAUUGCGGAACCGAUUGACAUGGUCACUAUUGAUUCCAAUAUAAAGAAUGACAGAUACACUUGCGAAGAAGAAUUAUUAGAUGAUCUUCGUUUAAUGUUCAACAAUUGCCGACAGUACAAUGAAGAAGGUUCUGUUAUCUAUGAAGACGCCAACAUGCUAGAGCGGGUCCUUCUUGACAAAGCUCGAGAACUUGGGCUUGCACUGGCUGCUUCCGCUAAACCUAAAAGACGCAGUCGCGGUCCAAAUCUUCAGCAAAAAUUGAAAGCACUUUACGAAGCUAUUAAAGAACACAGAGAUUUGAAAGGAAGACAACUAGCUAGCAUUUUCGUCAAGCUUCCCUCAAAGACGGAGUACCCUGACUAUUAUGAAGUAAUUAAGAAGCCUAUUGACUUGGAAAAAAUUGGACAAAAAGUUAAAGCUUCUCAUUACGAAAAUGUCGAAGAGCUUUUGGCUGACAUUGUGUUGAUGUUCGAUAACGCCUGUCGAUACAACGAACCUGAUUCGCAAAUUUACAAGGACGCGCUCACUUUACAGCGAGUUGCAUUACAAACCAAGAUUCAACUAUGUGAAGACGAAGGACUAGUUCCCGAUGUUCGUGCCGCUGUUCAAGAGCUAUUCACUUCCUUGUUUGCCGCUGUGUAUAAUCAUCAAGAUGAAGAAGGAAGAUGUUACACUGACUCGCUGGCCGAGCUACCUGAACACGACGAAGUCGACGGGAAGAAGAUUCGAGCAAUUUCGCUAGAUCUUAUUAAGCGCCGUCUAGACAAAGGACUCUACCGCCGACUAGACGCCUUCCAAGAAGAUAUUUUUCUUUGCUUUGAGCGAGCUAGGCGACUUUCUCGAACUGAUUCACAAGUUUUCGAAGACUCCAUUGAACUUCAAUCUCAUUUUAUCAAGCAAAGGGGUGAAUUUUGUCGGCAUGGAGACGUGCUCAGUUCUCCAGCACUUAAUUAUAGUCUCAAACAACUUUUAGCCACCGUUGAGGCUGUUCGACAAGAAAAACUACCCAAGGAACAGCCAGAAGAAGAUUUGGAAAAUAAAGAUCUUGCUGCUCCUGCUGCUGCAGUUUCUGACGGGCUAGAAAUGAGCUUUAAUCAAGAAACGUACCGCGUCGGAGAUUUAGUCUACGUCGAAGCUACUGAAAGAAACAUGGAAAACCAUGUGUAUUUGAUCGAGCGUCUCUGGACUGCCAACGACGGACAGCAAAUGUUUUUGGGAAACUGGUUCUGCCGUCCUAAUGAAACAUUUCAUUUAGCUUCUAGGAAAUUUCUUGAGCAGGAGCUGUUCAAGAGUGACAUGCGUUCGGCUCAUCCCUUGAGUCAUAUCCGUGGCCGCUGCUGUGUUCUCAACGUCAAAGAGUAUUUCAAAUCAAAGCCUGAGGGAUUUGCCGAUAAAGACAUCUACGUUUGUGAGUCGCGAUACUCGACGAAAGCUCGGAUGUUCAAAAAAAUAAAGGUGUGGACGAGCUUGCAAACACCAGGAGUCGUUUUGGUGCCACGUGACCAGCCCUUAGAACCGAAGCGGGUAGUGUCUGUAUUUCGCGACCGCAUCGAAAAGCACAAAGAAGAACUAGCAGAGUUGGGUGAAGUAGAGAAAAUGGCAGAAAAGGAACUUGUCAAUGUCGCCGUCCCUGCACCUGUGCCUUCUGAUGGAUCCUCGGCACCUCCUACGCAACCUGGAAUGAAUUAUUACCAACAGUUAAACAUCCCUGGUCACACUUUACGCACUGGUGAUUGUGUUUACGUUCGAGCCGAAAACGGAAAACAGCUGAUUGCACAAAUUGAUUCUAUGUGGAUUGAUUCGGAGAAUGUUGCGUUUUUUCAUGGCCCCUGGUAUGUCACUCCGGCUGAGAUUUCGACUCAGAUUACUGGUCGCGUAUUUUAUCGUCAAGAAGUUUUCCUAAGCUCGAUCGAAGAUACGAAUCCACUAAUGAGCGUCGUGGGGAAGUGCUGCGUCCUUGACUUUAAUGAUUACACAACAUGUCGCCCAACAGAGCUAACGGAAAGCGACAUCUUUCUCUGUGAAUCGUUUUACGAGGAAUCGCGUCGCCAGAUUAAGAAACUUCCUCGUGAUGGCCUUAAAAAGUACACUCAUAGUCCGGCAGUUAUACGAGAUGAAAUUUACUUCUUCCGUCGUCCAAUUCAGCCUCAGAGAGAAUCCUCAUCUUUAAUGACGAAGCUAGCUGGGGAUGAAUUAACGGAAGAUUCAAUGGAUGGAGCUCCGCCAUCAGUUGGGUCAGACAGUUGCCCAGCAUCAAUGCCGCAUACUCCAUCCUCUUCGUCCCUCAAUACCCCGUCCGUAGUGAAAAAGCCCAUCAAAAUAUUUCAGAAACGUAUGGUUACUGGCUACAUCAUUUAUUCGGGCGAAGUGCGCAAAAACUUUGCAGCUAAAAACCCAGACGCAACUUUCGGUGAAGUCAGUCGACUGGUGGGUAACGAAUGGCGAAACUUGCCCGCGCACGUCAAAUCUGAAUAUGAAGAGCGGUCACAACGAGUUAACGAAGAAACUGCAGCCGAAAUGGCUCGCAACGGCACAGAUAGCACACCUUCUGCGUCUGGGACAACUUCGGGAGAUGCUGUACAUCAAGGAGAUGUUAUUUUCGAAUGUUUCUGGAAAAAGUGUGACUGGCAAGGGGAAGAAAUUGGCGAAUUAACCGAACAUUUGCUCUCAGAACCUCAUGGUCACGUAUUGACAACAAUCAAUCCUAACGACACGGAAUUCCAAUGCAUGUGGCGAGGGUGCAGUCGCAUCCGCAAGGGAGUGCCACCGUUCCCUAAAAUGGAGCGUCUUUUACGACACGUCAGGGAGAUUCAUAUUGUAAAAAAUCAAGGACGCAUUGUAUCUCCUAAUGAUCGCAACAAUUUCAAUAGUGCCAAGAAAGUAGCUCGCCCAAGCACCACUCCAGGUUCAACUCAGACUAACGUUUCAGCAUUCAGUACGAAUCCAGGACCAGCAAACGUUAUUUCACAUCCACCAACUAAUUCAGUUCAUCAGCCAAUUGGUCAUCAAGUCCAAGUUCAGAAUACUGCGCAGCAAUCUCGUCAAGCUACUGGUGAACCAAUUUUCGUAGCUGUUCCACCAAAGCCACAGAGACUGUUACAUUCUGAAGCCUAUAUCAAGUAUAUUGAAGGAUUGCACAAUCAAUACCGAUACAUCUCAAACUGGGAUAAGAGCUUGCGCGCUACUAAGACAGCAGUCCCUGAUGUAAAUCGACUACCUUCUCAUUGGCUUGCUUCAAACACACAAGCAAAGCCCGACGCGAAUGGUCGAGAUACUCUUUCCACACUUUGGGCCUUACGGGAACAUAUGUUGAAAGAUACAUUAAACAUUUCAAAUUUGUUCAAUUGAUGUCUAUAAUCUCAAGUUUUUGUAUUAUGUGUUUUCAGCAUUAAACUGUGUUUGACAAAGA